CUUAGUUGUUUCUUUGACGUGAACGCGAGAAGUUAACAGAAGAGCGCUUUAAAGGGUCAUUCAUUGAUUUUAGUACAACAUUGAAGCGCGGUUUGCGUAGAGAAUUUCGGGGAGAUGUUUUUUAACUCCUGAUAUGAGUAGAUCACGGUCACUGGAGGAUGCGAAGAGAUGCGCAAAGUCUUGAAAGAAGAGCCCUUAAAUGCUGUCUUGACCAAAAACAAACAUGAGAAAUAGUCUUUUGUGGAAAGUGAUUUUGUUUUGGACAUUAGUUGAUGCUCAGGCAGGUGAAUAUGGAGAGAUUACAGCUGAGGAACAGGUACAGAUGCUAUUGGAUGUGAAGCUGCAGUGUCUACAGAAGGUGUCCAUAGACGACCCUGCAGUUGGUACGUGCCCUCCAGAAUGGGAUGGUUUGAUAUGUUGGCCACAAGGAUUUUCUGGAACUCUCACCAAGACCCUCUGCCCCAGAUAUAUCUAUGACUUUAACCAUUCAGGCCACGCCUACAGGAGGUGUGACUCUAAUGGUUCCUGGGUGCUGGCAGAGAGCUUUAACAAGACCUGGGUCAACUACACAGAAUGCAUCAAAUCCCCAGAGCCUAACAAAAAGAGACAAGUCUUUUUUGAGCGACUGCAUGUCAUGUACACAGUGGGCUAUGCGGUUUCCUUUAGCUCUCUUCUCGUGGCCAUCUUUAUUAUAGGAUACUUCAGGCGUCUCCACUGCACCAGGAACUACAUUCACAUGCAUCUGUUUGUUUCCUUCAUGCUGCGUGCUGUCAGCAUCUUUGUAAAGGAUCAUGUGGUGCACACCAGCGCUGGGCUGCAGGAGUUCGAUGCUGUACUCAUGAAUAACUUCACUAAUGCAGUGGAUGUGGCACCGGUGGACACAUCACAGUAUAUGGGUUGCAAAGUGACAGUCUUGCUGUUUAUCUAUUUCCUGGCUACAAACUACUAUUGGAUUCUGGUGGAAGGCUUGUACCUGCACAGCCUCAUCUUUAUGGCUUUUCUGUCUGACUCUAAGUACUUGUGGGGCUUCACUUUGAUCGGAUGGGGGGUUCCUGCUCUCUUUGUUGCAACAUGGGCAGUUGUCAGGGCAACGCUAGCGGAUGCGAGAUGCUGGGAGCUGAGUGCAGGAAACAUCAAAUGGAUCUACCAGGUCCCUAUUCUGACAGCCAUUGGGCUCAACUUCAUCCUGUUUGUGAAUAUCGUGCGGGUGCUCGCCACCAAGAUCCGCGAGACUAACGCGGGCAGAUAUGACACGAGGAAACAGUACAGGAAGCUCGCAAAAUCCACGCUUGUGUUGGUCUUUGUGUUUGGCGUGCACUACAUUGUGUUUGUUGGAAUGCCUCACACAUUUGAGGGUUUGGGCUGGGAGGUGCUCAUGUACUUCGAACUCUUCUUCAACUCUUUCCAGGGUUUCUUUGUGUCCAUCAUCUACUGCUACUGUAAUGGAGAGGUCCAGACGGAGAUCAAAAAGACGUGGACGCGGUGGAACCUCGCCUUUGAUUGGAAGGGCCCGGUGAUCUGCGGGAGGUACCGCUACGGCUCUGUACUGGCCGGCCUCAACAACAGCACCAGCAGUCAGUCACAGCUGGCCGGCGGAGGCUCGAGCACACGCUCCACCACACUCUUCUCCAGCCGAGUCUACCGCAGCAGCGGGGGCCUGACCAUCAGCACCCAUGCCGCUCUGCCAGGCUACGUGCUAAAUUCGGACGCUGACAGCUUGCCACCAUCCAUACCCGAGGAGCCUGAGGACAGCGCCAAGCAGGUGGAUGACAUCCACCUGAAGGAAUCUCUGCCCACGAGACCCAGCAGUGGCCUGGAGGAUGAUGAAGAAACUCUGUAA